UAUUGUGAUGCUUUGUAAACUGGAAUAACAUACAUCAUGUCUGGAUUUAUUCCCAUGGUGUCAACGACACCUCCACCCAUGGAUGAUGGUGAAGAUUUUGGUGAUUUUAAAGACAGCGCACAAAAUGAUGAUGACUUUGACGAUUUCUCUUCUCCCAUUAUUUAUGAUGAUGAUUCAUAUCCGUCUAUCAAUUCUCCACCCAGUAUUGAUGAUUCUAAUCAUUUUUUAAGUGAUGAUACCCAUUUUCCUGCCAAAAAUUUGUUUCCAAAUAGCAAGGGUGAAAACGGAAAGAUUGAAUUGAAUAAUGAUAAAGAGGUGGAAACAAUAUUUCGUGAAAGCCAAUAUGAACAAGAAAAGAAUAUGGUGAAUUCCUCAAUGCAAUCUUCACCACCUUUAAAUGGUUCAAGUAAAUCAAAUAUUACCGAUGAUACUAUAGAAACUCAAUGUAAUGGUGUUAAAAAUCCGGACAUUGAAGAUGACAGUAUAAACACUCAAUCUUCAAAUGAUAAAGAGAAGGCAAAUACAAAAUGCGCAGAACUCACUGAUGAUCGGUUAAAUAUUCAAGACACCUCUAUUACAAAUAGUGAUGAUCAAAAUCUUUCUAAUACUUCUGCCUCAAAUACAAUUGCGAACUCCCCUGAACCUGACAUGUCUAUUAAAGAUGAAGAUAUAAGUCUCUCGCAGAACAAUAUGAAGAAUUCUGAUUUAGUGGAUAACUUUGAUAAUGGAGAUCAUGUGUCACUUACUGAUGAAAGUUGCCUGAAUAAUCAAAAAUAUGUUGUAUCAGAAACUGUUGAUGACAUAAAUAUAACUGAAAUUGCCUCAAAACAAAGUGCAAUAAGUGAGGAAAAUUUUUUUCGUGAAAAAUCAUCUAAAUAUCCAGAAGAUUUGCAAAAUAAAAGCCCUAAUGAUAACUUAACAGAAGUUGAAGUAAAAUCAUCGGAUGAUGUUGUAUGUGAAGAUACAAUAUGCCAAGAAUUUAAUGUUAAUAAUUCUGUAAGUAUUAAUGAACAUAUUGAUGUUAACGAAUCAGCAUCUGCUAUUGCUCAGAGUGAAGUUCGAGAGAAUUCCUGUGAAGAAAAUAGAAUAGAGGAGAAUGCACCAGAAAAUGAUGAUUUUGAUGAAGACUUUGCUGAUUUUACAUCUGUUGAAAGUGAAAAGCCCAUUAACUCAGAAUUGGAGGAUGUAUCUGAUGGUGAUAAUAAAGAGCUUCAACUUGAAGGAAAUUUGAAUGAUGAUAUUGUAUAUGAAGAUACAAUAUCUCAAGAACUCGUUGUUAAUAAUUUUGUAAGUAACAAAGAACAUAUUGAUGUUAAUGAAUUGGCAUCCGCUAUUGCUCAAAAUGAAGUUCAAGAGAAUCCCUGUGAGAAAAAUAGAACAGGGGAGAAUACACCAGAAAAUGAGGAUUUUGAUCAAGACUUUGCUGAUUUCGCAUCUGUUGAAGUUGAAAAGCCCAUUAACUCAGAAUUAGAGGAUGUGUCUGAUGGUGAUAAUAAAGAGCUUCAAAUUGAAGAAAAUUCAACUAUAUCAGCACAACCAGCAGAUACAAUAGACAAAAUUCCGGUUGAAAAUUCAAAAGAACAAACGGAUGAUUUAGGUGCCACUUUCGAAUCAGCAUCCACUUGUACUGAAAAUAAGAGUUCAGAUGAAAAUGUUACUGAAAAUAUUCAAGCUGAUGAUGAUUUUGGUGAUUUUGAAACUGAGUUUGUGACCAGUGACAGUAAUUGUAAAAAUGUUGUUGAAUUGACACAAAGUGAAGUUGUUCCAUUUGAAUGCGACUUUGGUGCAUUUGAAGAAAAUACCACUGCCAAUAAUACGGAUGGAUUUGCUGAUUUUUCUGCUCCUAAGGAAACAACCAAAAUGGAUCCAGAUGUGGAUGACUUUGGUGAUUUUGCUGAAGGUACUGGUGAUAAUGAUUUUGCAGACUUUGGGAGUGAUUCUGCAACGACCUGGUCGUCUGUUCAAGACACUGUGAAAAAUGUAUCAACUGUAAAAGAAAAAGUGGAAUCUUUUGUGUCAAAAUAUUUGAACAAGAAAAAUGAUUUAUCGAAAAGUCAAAUUCAUUUAAUAUCAGAUUUGAUGAAUUCUGAUGCGGAAAAUCAUUCAACUGUUAGUGGAGAAUCUUUACAAAUAUCAUGCUCGGGAGAAUUAUGGGACCAACUAGAAGAUAUUGACAACACCCUUGCACUAAACUUUGUGUGGAAUGGUUCCGGUCACAACAAACAUCUACUCGAUUCUUUAGGAAUGCAUACACAAAAUAUUCUUUUCAGUGGCACCAAGCAAGCUUACUACGUUCCAACCUAUUAUGCUGCAGGAUUGGGUAUGAUCGAUCCAAGCAAAGGAGUGUUAAAACCAAUGUCAGCUGCCGAAAAAAUCACAGCAUUAUCUCCGACUGAAAAGAAUGCUCCGGCACUACUGGAGGAGGCUUCCAAAGCACAAGAGGUACAUUCUGAAUGGAAAACUAUUGCAGAUAAUUCUGGUAGUGGGAACAGCAUGCUUAUAGAUGGUAGUUGGUCACAUAGUGAUGAGAUUACAAAUAAUUCUGACACUGUUCAAAGCUCAGUGGAUAUGAGCGAUCCAAUACCAAUCAUUUCAUCUUCUAUGGACUUGGAUUAUUUUGAAAAACUCAGUGUUGAUGGUUCGAAAUCAUCGGUUAAAUCAGACCUCAUAGACCCAGAGUUACUAGAACUCACAACAGCUCCAACCACUGAACCCCCUCCACCACCAAAAGAUAGUGGAUCUGCUACACUCAGCAAGAUUCUGGCCUCGAUCAAAAGUUCAAGCAAUAAUUCAUCUCCAAGCAGCACUAUUUCAACAUUGUUUGCACAACAGAAUGCCUCAAAAUGGGAAGAAGAAGAAAGUAAACUCAGCCCUGAGACUCGCCUUGUUUUGCAAAAGCUACCUGACCUUUCAUAUAUGAAAUCAAGAACUCUUGUUUUUCCAAUUUCCACAUCUAGGGUAAAUAUGGAUGAUGAUAUUUAAGAAUCAUUAGCAGAUGUAAGUUAAUUAUGAAAGUACGAGUUAUGCCGUUAGGACAUCAACGCUCUGAUUUUAGCAAUGUAUCGAAUAAAUGUAAAACAUGUAGCAAGUGUAAUCGAGUAGGACAUCAACGCUCUGCAAUUUUAGCUGCCGUUGAGUCGUUUUUCGAAACUUUAUAUUGUCUGAUUAUUCUAUUAAUUCUAGUGUCAGAAUUGCUGGUGCUUCCGAACUCUAAAACAAAAAUACUUAAACUUCAACCAAAACAGAAUAGGGCUUGUCUUUAAAUCUUUCAUAGUCUAAAGAAUUUUUCCCCGGAGUGGAUGUUUAUGGAUUUUUGAAUACCUCUCAAGCACAUUGUUUGAUUAUGAAAUAUCAAACUUUGAUGUGCGUAUAUUCAGUUGUUUGUCUAAUACGGCCAUGUCUACUCUAGUUAAAAUUAGUAAACAAUUUUGCUCUGCUCAUUGUGCCUUAUUGAUAUUCUGCAAGUGCUGUUAUAUGUUUUAGAAUUUAAAUUUUUUUUCAACAAUCAUGUAACUGUCAAGCGUGACAAAAUGGGUACGAUAUCUUCCAUAUUUGUUUGCACCUAUCUGGUUCAGGUUCACUAUUUUCAAGUGAAAAAAGACUGUGUAUUCCAUUCUGCAUUUCGAGCAGAUAAUUUUGUGUUUUAACUUGUGAAAUUCCAUCUUCUAUAUAAAAUUUAAGCCAAGUUAGAUGCACGUCUUUUCAAUGCUUGUAGAUUAAAUAUAUUAAUUUGUUUGAAUAUAUAUAUUUAUUUAGCACAUAUGCUGAUCAUUUGUUAGUGUUGGUUAGUGCACUCUUAUUCUUGUGCAAUGAGUAUUUUAACAAAAAAUAAAUUUGCUUUGUAUAGUA